AUGUCAUGGUCAUCAGACAGAGAUGUUCUGUUUUGUCGUGAAAUUUUAGUGUCAAACUUGUUUAACACAAGAAAGUCAUCUAUUGAACGAGGCCAGGUUUGGGAAUCAAUUGCUCAGAAGCUAUGUGACAUACGGGAACCAGCUUUUAGAGUUGACCAAAGGUCGGUGAGGGACCAUUACAAGAAACUUAUUCAAAGGUAUUCAAAGAUUCGAGAGGAGUUGAAUGCGAGCGAGAUAAGUCCGGAGAAAAGCGAGUUGGAUGUAUUGUUGGAGGAGAUUGUGGAAAGGGAUGCGGUGGCAGAGGCAGAGAAGGAGAACGCAGUGGAUGGUGAAAAGAAGAGAACAGAGGCGGAUAAGGUGGCUGCUGAUGACAUGAGGAGAAAGGCAAAGAAGACUCUGGCUGAGAAGCAGAAAAGAAAAGAGGGUGAGGAAAGUGCUAUAAAGAAGAGACGGCAAAGUGGAGGUGAAACAGUGGUAUACCUAAGAGAAAGGGCAGAAAAAGAAAUGGAGAUACGAAAAGAGGAGUUGAACUUCAAGAGAGCAGAAGCUGAUCAGGAGAAAGAAAGACAGCGGCAACAAGCCGAGUAUCAAGCAAAAAUGUUUUCCCAACAGGAAAACAUGAUGAAAGCAAUGUUGGAGCAGCAUCAGCAACAACAACAGCAAAUGCAACAAAUGCAGCUGAUGAUAUUGCAACAGCAACAACAACAGAGUCAGGCUUUGAUGGCACUACUGGAAAAACUGUCAAAGUAA